AUGAUGUAUGUAUGAAGAUGGAAAAUAAUUUUGCUCACCGUUUUGUCAAACUUAACCUUAUUCCAAUAUAUUCUUGAGUGGUUCAAUGUUGUUUGAAAUGCGAUUGCUGGAAUGCGAUUCUCCUAACUUGUAUAUAUUUAUUAUCUUGAUUAUUGUGGCAUAAAAAAGAAUUAUCUCUCGUCGAAAAUAUUCUUAUCGCAACAGUAGAUGAUAAAAAGGUGUUAACAUAAAAUGAAAUUAUCAAAAUUAGAGAGAUGAAUAAUUAUCGAGAAUCAUUGAUAAGCUCUCAAACUAUUGACUGGCUGGCUGGCUGGCUGGCUGGCUUGAUUGUAAGAAAAAAUAAAUAUCUUCAAUGCUUAUAUUGGUGUGGAUACACAGGAAGAAUUGAUUGUUGCCACAAACCGAGAUUGGUAGCCAUUGUGUUAUUGAAAAACACAGGCGUUAGGCCAUAGGCGUCGACAAUGAUAACCAUAUUCUCUUUACGUACUCAUACAAACUCUUGUAAACAUGUUUCACAAUCACUCCUAUUAUGGAAAAUUCAUUUAACAUUAUGGCAAAAAUUAUAAUUAUUUUUCAACAUUAAAUAUUAUCAUAAUUAUAAGAAGGAAAGAAUCUUUUCCUUGUUUUUUUUACUUUUAAAAUUAAGAAAAUCAUUGGUGGGCUUACGCCAGUUGUCCCUGAUUGGUUCUUGGUGGACAUUUAAAAAAAUUCCAUUCUCCUUCAUUCGAACCACAUCCAUCAGUGUAUCUAUACACAUAUAGCAAUUCUAUCCCAGUCGCGGUCGGCAGCGGCUGUCGGAGAAUCUCUACUCUUUCCCGUUCAUUUUCUCCAACGUAAAUAAACAACUCUUCAUCAACAAAACCCUAAAAAUUGACUCUUCAUCAUUCACUCAGCUAAACAAGGAAAUUUUUAUAGUGCUUAGAGCUCCGUGUUUUUCUCUUCCCUACACAUGGCAACUCUCUCAGCUGUUUAGCCAUUUAAACCCCCCUAGACUCAUUGCGCAAUCGCCGAAAGUUUGCAUGCACUCGAGUGAAAUCCUUUCUAUCGCGCGGUCAGGGAACUCUGUUCUCAAUCAGAAAAAGAGUGCACGCGCACUCGGAAGUAUCUCCCAAGAUUGAUGAAAUAUUUAUGAAUUCACAACGGGACAAUUCUCGAUUAUUAUACUGUGAUAAAUCAGUGAAAAUGCCAACCAAGUUUAGUAAAUUUGUUAUCGACGCAACUUGCAAAGAAUAUGUUCAUCCGUGGACAGAUUCUUGCAUCAGUGCAACUGCUGGUCUCGGUCUACACGCCAUCCAAGAGUGCCUAAGGAUAUAUACAACUGUUUAUCUCGUGACAAUGGUGAUGAGAGGCAAAAGGCCAACUAAAAAUGAGAUUAAAAAAAUGUUGAUGGGAAUACUUCAGUCCACAGCCUUUCUGUCGUGGAGCACUUUUACCUUCUCUAUGUUUUUAUGCAGUUUCAGACGAUUGACUGGAAAUUUUAAUGCAUUAUCAGUGGCAUUUCUUCCAUCGUUCUUCUCGAGUUUAUCUGCAAUCGUAAUUGAGAGGCCUUCGAGGCGUACCAUGCUGUGUCUCUACGUAUCAAACAUUGCAACAGAAACUCUUUUCAAGAUGGGAUUAUGGCGAGGAUACUACCGAUCAAUUCCCUAUGGAAAUGUUUACAUAUUCGCAGCCAGCAUGGCUACACUACUCUAUCUCUACCGAAACAGUGAUGGCAAUAACGACGCGAUAUUUAGGAUAAUAAAAUUCGUUGCUAGUCCCUAUGAGGCUAAAAAUCAUAUACAAAGUCAAAUUGGAGAUAGAGCUGAUAGGAGAGAUGGGCAGAGUGAUAGAGUAGAACACUCAAUAUCAAAAUCAAAUAUUCUUAUGGAAACACUUAGAGCUUAUCACAGAUUAACAAAAUGGAUUAAAAGCUUUGGGAAACAUUGUCGGUGUCCACAUCCUCAUAGUUGUGCAAAUUUUGUUCUGGGCGGAGGCUCUAAGUUGUUUGGAAUUGGACUGACUGUACAAAUAGGAUUAAAAUUAAUUGUGCAGCUGAAAACAUUGUUGAGAAAGCCUUAUUUAUUAAAACCUAUGAUUUUUCAAAAGAAAAACAUUGACUUGGCUAUUUUUCUCGGUGGAUUCACUGUUAUAUACAGGUUUGUCUCUUGUACAUUACGAAGAUUCAACGAUGGUGAUAAUCCUAUUCACGCAUUGCCAGCUGGAUUACUCGCAGGAUUGACAUUCGUCAUGUUCCCCAACAACACUAUUGCUCUCUACGUCAUGUGGAAGUCAUUGCAAUUAUUUUGGAAUAAGGGAAUCGAAAAUGGAACAUUACCAAAGAUCAAAGGAUUCGUGAUUGUCCUUUAUUGCUUCAGCACAGCUGUUUUAUUCCACGCAGCUAUGGUCGAACCACAAAACUUGAGAGCCUCUUACUUCAAAUUUUUACACAGUUUAUCUGGUGGAAGAUUAGCAACAAUGAAUCGAAUUCCUCUUGAUCAAUUCGGCCUAGAGACAUCAAAAUACCUGGAACAAGUUCUCAUAAAAACAAACACCACAAAUAAGCUGAUUUUUUCGUUUUGAAGGGCAAUAAAUUGAUUAUUAGAAACAUAAAAAUCAAACAGCAAGCGAGAACAUUAAAUACAACAGAUUCAAGUCCGUAUAGGAAAGAAUUGCAAAAAUUGCGGGGCCAGCUUAUCAUUACCUCACAAAAAGCAAAUGCGUGUCUUUAACUUAUGCAACGAGUCAACAAUACAUGAGUAAAUAACAUUAGUUAAAUUUGCUCGUCGUAUUCUAGAGUAGAAUUAUGCAUGAAAUGGAAUGUACGAUACUUCUUAUUGAGAAAUCGUGACCUUUGCAGUGCUCGUAUGACGCAAAUGAGAAAAUAUGUGGAGAACUCUCUCUGUAUACAUUAUAAUGCAAAAAAAAAAAAAAAACCAAACAAAAACAAAAACAAUUCAGAUAUUUGAAGCAAUUGUUUAAAACUACUGAAAGGUAUAGAGAAUGAAUUCUCUCAUCAACUAUUUCUUUCUAAUGCUCACUUAUUUCGCCUUUCAGUGCUCAUAUAUUUAAUUCAAAAAAAUUACAUGAGCAAACAUUCUACUUUGUCCCAUGCUCCCCUAUCAAAAAGCAUUUUAGUAAAAAAAAUUUGUAGCUAGAAAAAACGCUUUUAUGGGAUUAGUUUUUUUCCUUUAAAUCACUAUUUAAUGACAAAUAAACGAAUUAUGUAAUGAACAAAUUAAAAAGUAAUUUCAGCGGAAUUUAAAAUGUAAAUAGUCAAAUGUUUUUAACAAUUCCGAGAAAACUUCGGAGAAACAUUUCCUUUUUUUUUAGCUGAAAAUAGUUUUCUACAAAAAUAUCGUUUGAUAUUUUCUCGUCAACCUAAUCGUUAAUGAGAUAAUCGUAUUAACAAUAGUGAAGUUCCACAAUUGCCUUCAAUCGUUUUACUACACAAUCGCUCACUUUUAUUGUUAUACAAGGGAAAUAAUUGUUGAAUCGCUCUUAAUUACAGAUUCGUGAAAACCAAAGAGACUUUCUUAAAUAAACAAAUCGGUUGAAAAAUAAACUCAUAUCAUUGCAGCCGUCCAUCAACAAUAAUUUUAUUGUUUUAGGCUAGUAAAAAUUAGAGGGUAAAUGUUAAUUGGUGAUAGGAUAAUCAAUUAGAAGUACUUGCAAGCCAAGUUGAAAGAAUGGUGCCUGGUGAACAUUGUGAUAGUAAAUUUUUAUACCAUUUAGAUAUUAAAAUUACGUUUAUUGCAUCAACUAUUGAUUGGUACUUUAUCGUUGAUAAUUGAUUAUAAUAUAAAUAUAAUGUAGAGGGUUCUUGUAGAGGGAGGUUGACUUUAAUAGUUUAGUAAUGAGUAUAUAUUAUAUUGGUAUAGUAUAUGAAAAUAAAAUUGAAUUGCAGCGGAAUAUAAUUAUGAUUUCAAUUUGAAUAGACAUUGGCACAAAAUUAAUGCAGAUGAGAUUAAAAAAUAAUUGGAAUGAAACACCAGAAAAAACGACUAUUUAUCACACACAAUUCAGACAACAUUUUUUUUCUUCUUAUUUUUAAUUGAGUAUUGUUUGACUCUUUACCCUCAAUUAAAAGCAAAACAUUAAGUGUCCUGAAUUGUGUCAACUAUAGUCGUUUAAUUUUGACUCGGUGUCCCCUACCAACUGACGACUUACUGCCUUAUCCCUCACCAGUUCAACGGGACUAUUGUACUAUCAAAUUUGCAGUAAUUAUGCAAAAAAAAUUUUUAUCGUUACCAUAAAAAGGCGACAGACAGUUACGUCAAGUUCAGAGUCUAAUUUAUAUAUGGUACGAGUCAACAAGUGAAUAGGUAAAAAUGUAAUAUGAAAUAAAAAUAAACAAAUAAAUAAAUAAAUAAAUAAAUAAAAUGAAAUGAAAAAAACUUUUAUUCGUAGAAGCUAAAAUUGUAAGAAAAAUUAUAAUCUUCAUUAUUUGAACAUGUUUGUGAUUUUUGUUUUUUCACGUGAAUUAAAUACCAAAAUACCACUGUUGUAACAUA